GACUAGCAGACAUUUUGUUUGGGGACUGCCUAAAUCUCACACCGCCAUAGCUAAAUAACAUACCGGGAUACCUAGUUGGUUGAUUAGGCGACUGGUCCCGGUUGCUAAGUUUCAACGCGUCGUCGAAGCAGGACGAAGCUGCUCCCGAAGCCGAACCCGAACCCCUUAUGGAAGCAGAAGCCCCUGCCGUCGGAAGCCCCUGCCUUCGAGGAAGCAGCCUCUACCAUCGAGGAAGUCCCAUUCGUACCGGCCCCUGUGGGAACCACCCGGAAUCCGGCUGCGGGUUUCAUCAAGGUACUCCUCAAGUCGGUUGUACAUGCGAGAAGAACCAGGCCUCCACCACCAGAAAGAGCUUGAGGAGCCGUAGCCGAGAGAAAAUUGUAUCACGUAACCGAGGCAAGACUUUAGAGAGUAUCUACAAUAACUGGCCCAUGGAGACGCUCAUACUCGUCAAGCGCCUUCGUCUCCGCCAGGUUCUCAUAAGGCUCCCAUGUCUCCACUUCGCCCUUCCACUUCACAAGCAGUUCCCAGCCGCCAUCAUCCCGCCUGUUCUUGCCGCGAAUCUCCUCCACCUCCCACUCCUCGGCGGUUUUGAGCUUGGUUUGAUACCUCACCUGAAUAGCCCCGGCACUGCGCCCCGGGAACUGCUUGGCGAUCGCGGACCAAGAAAGUCCUUUGCCCCUUCUCUGACGACGCAAUCCAGACGCUGGUCCAGAAAUCUUGCGGGUUGUUCAUCUAUGCUGCGACAGCAUGUCGCUUUGUUGGCGCGGGAGGGCUUCUUGCCGGCGAGCGGCUUGCUCAUCUGGUGUCCACGGAGCGCUUGCCUGCCAAAGCGGGAACGGCAUUGGACCAGAUGUAUAUGACGGUGCUGGAGUCCUCUCUAACCGCCGAUUCUGACCCCGGGGAGAUGGCUGGGAUACAAGAACUGUUCCGACUUGUUAUGUGCACCAUUGUCGUGCU